CAAAGAUGGUUGGAAUGCUUUUAUGUUGGCUUGUCGAAAUGGUUGCACUCAAAUAGUUGAACUUUUGCUGAAAGAACAAGUCAUCAGUGAUUUAAAUAUUUCCAACAAGGAUAAUGUGACUGCUUUAAUGAUUGCCUGUAGUCAAGAAACUGAGCAUUUGGAAAUAGUUGAAAUAUUAGUACAAGCUGGUGCUAAUGUUAAUAUACAAGUGGAGUCAUUAAGUAUUCCUUUUCUGAACGGAAGCACUGCACUAUUGAUGGCUAGUAGCCGUGGUCACAAACAAACAGUUCAAUUAUUAUUAAAGUGCUCAUGCUGAUCCUAAUAAGGCUGCAAUGACAGGAGAAACUGCUUUAAAAGUUGCUGUGACACUUGCACAUUAUGAAAUAGUUGAUGAACUGAUAAAAGCUGGUGCCAGUACUAAUAUUAGCAUUACUAAUCCUAUCAUUAACACAACUAUGAACUGCACAAUAACUCAAUGCUGUGCCAUGAUAAUAGCAAUAAAAAACACUCCUGUCAAUGAAAUAAAUCAAAUAAUGCAAAAAUCUGUGCAAGAUAAAUUUAUAAAUUCUGCCAUAGACAUGGGUUUACAACAAAUAAAAGCACAAGAAGAAGCAAAACACAUUAAAACACUCCAGCUUUUACUGAAAGUUACACCACAACCUGAAGAUGAUCCUUAUAGUUUAAUAGCAGCAGCUGAAGUAGGUUGUACACCAGCAGUUGAAUUGUUACUAAAAGCUGGAUAUGAUCCAUUAGCUUUUUUUUCUUCAAGCGGACUUUACAAUACUUUUCUUAAAAUUGUUAGACCUACUAGUGACUAUAACACAUUGACAAAAGCAUGUCAGCAGGGACAUAUUGAAAUAGUUAAAUUAAUAUUGCAAGAACCAGUUGAUCUCAAUGCUACACAAAAUAAUGUCCUCACACCUCUAAUGGCAGCAUGUACUGCAAAAGAAGAUAAUUCAAAAAUAGUUCGAUUACUAUUGGAAGCUGGUGCUGAUCCUAAUGUUAAAUUUCAAUCAUCAGAGAAAUCACGGAGGAAUGGGGACACUGCAUUGACAAUGGCUAUAAUUUGUAAUAAAACAAAGGAACUGAUUCAAUUAUUAUUGGAAAAAGGUGCAGAUCCAAAUGUACAAUCAGAAUCAGACAAUCCAUUGUUGAAUGGAAGGACUCCAUUAAUGGUUGCCAGUAGUCAUGAUAACUUAGAAAUAGUUCAGUUACUAUUAAAAGCUGGUGCUGAUCCUAAUGCUAAAAGUAAAAAUGGAACAACAGUCUUAGCAUAUGCAGUGUGCUUAGGUCAAAAAACAAUUGUACAAGAAUUGCUGAAAUUUGGUGCUGCUACUACUAAUAGUAUCAGGAUUGAGUUAAAUGAGGCCAGAGCAUCACUUGAAGUUGAAAUGUCAAUAGUUCAUUUGUGUGUAAGCAAAUUAAUGCAGGAAAGCCAAUUUAUCUACUUUAAGGAUUCACAGCCUACAUUAACAAAUUUUUUGGCAAGUAAAUUUAAAACUACAACUGAUCAAGUUGUUAAAGGAGUAAAGGAAUUUAUUUCAAAAACCACUGUAGAUGAUACAAUUGAAAUACUUCGUCUACUACUAGAGGCUACACCACAACCUGAGGAUGAUCCUGCCAGUCUAAUAGUGGCAACUAUCAUUGGUAAUGUACAAGCGGUAGAAUUGUUACUUAAAGCUGGUUAUAAUCCUAAGGCACCUUUAUCAUCAAGCAAAUAUUUUCAAGCAACACUUCCAAUUAUUAUGAAACAAGCACCUCUACCAAAAGAAAUGUUAGAAAUCUCUUGCCCAUCAUUAGUUUUUGCAUGCAUUGGAGGGCAUUUAGAAGUAGUUAAGUCACUAUUGAAAGAGAUUAAUGAUCUAAACCAUCAACAAGAAACUGGAGAAACUUUCUUAAUGUUAGCAUGUGAAUGUGGUCACAAGGAUAUAGUACUAACACUACUGGAGAAUGGAGCAGAUCCUAAUAUUUGUGACAAUGAUGGAGACAAUGCAUUGCAUCAUGCAUUAUACUCUAGCAGUAGUGAGGAUAAUAAUAUAGAUGAUAUCAUAGAAACACUGCUGUCAUGGAAUAUAAAUGUUAAUCGAAAAAAUAAUGAUGGAGUUACACCACUAAUGAUUGCAAGUGAAAAAGGAUAUACUGAAGUAUUGGUAUUACUAUUAGAGGAAGCUGAUCCUAAUAUCACUGACAGUAAAGGUAGGACUGCACUGAUGCAUGCUAGUUUUAAUGGACAGAGUGAAGCAGUUGCACUUCUACUAAUGACAUAUAAUGCUGAUCCAUCAGUUAUUGAUAAUAAUAGAUUAUCUGCUCUCUGUCAUGCUGCAUAUGGUGGACACAAUAAAGUAAUUGACACACUGCUGAAUAAUUAUAAUCCCAAUCAAGAAGAAAUGGUGAAGGCAGUAACAGUAGCUUGUUAUGGAGGACAUAAGAAAUUAAUCAAGUUAUUAGCAGCUAAAAUAUACUUUACAAAACAUCAAGAAGAAAUACUGAAUGCUUGUGUGUCUGAUGAUGUAGAAUUUAUGAUCAAUCAAACUUCAAGUGACCUGUGUACACCAUUGAUAGAGUCCACUGGUCUCACUCCUUUAAUGAUAGCUGCUUCCUGUGGCAGUGAUGGAGUAAUACAAGCAUUACUAGAUCCACAG